AUGACAGCACCAUCAUAUCUUGUUGCAGUUUUGCUUGUGAUCAAUUCAUUUGGUGGAAGUAGUCUUGUUUUUCAUUAUCCUCCGCGUCCAGAUAUAGAUUCUCAAUCAGUUGUUUUACAAGAAGAUAUCGAUGGAUCGGAUGUAUCUUCCUUAUCAGAGGAAACAGAAAGUCUAAGAGAAAAUGAAGCCUCAGAUAUUUCUGAGUCGAAUGAUGGGCUUUUUUCGGAGUCUCAAAGUGAAGAUUCUGGUCAGGAUAACUCAAAAAGGCCUCCGUGGGACAAAAUUUUUGGAUUUAAUAGUGAUUUUUUAGCUGAUUUGUUAACACCUCGUAAAACACAUUGUGGCAAAAAAUUUGAGUUGUGGGUAGAUGAUUUGGUUUUCCUUGGGUUUCCUGUUCAUGUUAAACCAGAUGGGACUUGGUCUAAACAUAUAGAUAGGCCGUUAAAACAUAGUAAUUCAACUCAUUCUGAAUCUGCAAAUCUACAUGAUUUAGGAACACAUGUGUCAAAUGAAUCCACGAAUGAAAGUGCAAAACUCUCUCAGCAUCAAAUGACAUUAUUUCAUAUUGUUAUGGUUAUGAAACCUCCAUUAACACAGAAUUAUCAUACAAAAAUUAAUGAAAUGUAUACUAAUGUUGUAAUUAAACUUGCUAUGGCUCUAAAAUACGAGCAAGCAAAGAUGGAUUACGUUUGGUCUCAAUCGGAAAUGAUCUUACAUAUGCGAGAAAAAGCUGCAAAUGAUGAAAUCUCUUUUGAUGCAUUGUGGGUAGAUAUUUUGUUUAAAUCCAGUCUUGCUUCGGCUCUGGCUACAAUAUACGAUGCUAUUUCUGCAUCUGGAAUAGCUCACUUGACUAUUAAUAAUUCUUUUGAUUUUUCAAUCUUUAUUCCAACACCUAUAAUUACCACAUCUAUUCCAACUGAUAUGUCAGAAGACAACCGUUUUCUUACGUCUAUUGAUGUGUAUGAUGAAGAUAUGGAUUAUAAUGACCCAUUUCUUACUCCACAUUCUUCUUUAUUAUUAUUAGAUGAUGUUGAAAGUGUUUUACAAAAUAUACCAGCAGAUGCAAAUCCUUCUUUCUCUCUGUUUAUAAAGAAUAUACGUCCAACUCAAACUUUACUUAAAUUAUCUCAACAAACUAAUAUCCCUUUAAGGAAUAUACACAUUUUUGCGGAGCAUCUUAUAUAUUGGAGAAGAGCUAUACCUAUACCACCUUUACAUUUAAGAAAUAUAUAUUUUGUUAGUCCUGCUGCAAAUAUGACUAAGUAUAGAUUAAAAUACCAAGAAUCAUUAUUUAGGACAUUGUUUCCCACAGUACCGCCUCUUCCGACUAUAUUAGCACAACUUUCAAAAGAAUUACGUCCUUUUUCAUUUUAUAUUCCUUCAAAAAACUAUCGUACUAUUUAUUUAAAUGUUCUUACUUGGUUAAUAAGAUAUGGAUGGGUUAGUCAACUUAAAACAUUCAUUUGGAUAAAAGUAUCGAAAGAAAUUAAAAAAGCUGUUAUAGAAAAACAAAAGAAUAAAGAUGUUUCUUUUAAUGAUACCAUUUUGUUGGAGGUAGUGGAAGACUUAACUGAUUCAAUUAUUAGAGAGCCUCAUCAAGCCUCUAAACAAGAACGAGCAUGGAUUGAAGAAAUUGUAAGCAGAAAACCUUUAAAAUAUUCUAUUCUUUUCAAUAGAAUUAUUAAAUAUUUUAACGGAAAAAAUGCUUUAGAAAAGAUAUCAUCACUUGAAGGAAUUCCAAGAAAAGAUAUUAAAGAACUAUUGCAAGUUUUUGAAAAUGAUCUUGAAAAAACAUAUUUUUGGUAA